AUGAGUGAUACUAUCGCCCUCAAGAUAAGAGAAAAGGUUGCCACGGCGGUACAAGUAGAGUUUGACAAACGGUUUCCAAAGGAUAAGGUACCGGAAACACAAGAUGUCGAUGAACGACUGAAGCCGAAGAGUGAGAAGCCUUAUGACCUUAAGAGCUUCACCAUUGCUAACCCACCCAAAUACAAUGGGGAUCCCGACCCAAUUGUGAGCACAAGGUGGGUGAACGAAAUUGAGGGAGCCUUUCGCAUCACAAAGACUCCACGGGAAGACAAGACCUUGUAUGGGUCAAGCAUGCUAUGUGAUAGGGCUAAAUUGUGGUGGGAUGGUGAAAUUGUCAAGAAGGGUGAGGAUGCAACGGUUGGAAUGGAAUGGGCCGAUUUCAAAGUAGCCUUCUUUAAAGAGUUUCGAUCCGAAGCUGAUGUGACUAGGCUUAGGAGCGAGUUUAUGAAUGACUGCAAGGAUGACCGGUUGUUGAAGGAGCAUUUCUAUCGAAAGCUCCGCAAAAGUAUUCGAGAGAAGAUUGCCCUACUUCAAAUUGAAUCUUUCACUCAAUUGGUUGAUGUGGCUAGGUGGCAUGAGGUGGAACAAGGCAUGCCGGAUGAUGAAUCCUCGAAAAGGAAGGUGGAACAAAGCAACUCUCCAAACAAGAAGUUCAUGCCUAGUGGGAGUUCGGGGGUUAGUUCUAAUAAGAGAAACAUUCCCACUUGCAACAAUUGUGGGAAACAUCAUUCCGGAGUUUGUUUAUCUCCAUCCAAGAAGGGAUGCUUCAAUUGUGGCCAACCGGGUCACAUUAGCCGGGAUUGUAAGUUCUCCACUAGCAAGCCUACAGUAUGUUUCAAGUGCUUCAAUGAAGGACACAUGAAGAGUGCUUGCCCAUUAUUGUCGGAAGAAGAAAGGCAAGCCGAAGCAAGAAAAGCAAAUGAAAGAAAGUUGGCAAAGCAAGUAGGAAAUCCUAGGGGAAGAUCAUUUCAAAUUUCCGUGGCUCAAGCUAAGGAGUCUCCCGAUGUUUGUCAGGUACCUUUCUAG